AUGCAGCCCAACUCCGCAAGUCAAAACCUGCUUAUGACACCUGAACCAAUUCUAACUUCAUUAAUGUCUUCACCACUUAUUUUGUUGUCAAUUUUUGUUGCAUGGGUUAAGAUGGUAUUCCGGUAUUUCUUCCCCAAUCACUUUUUAUUGGCAAUCGCCAACAAUCGUUUCACUACGUCCGUCGAAGAUACUUUGGAAUACUUUAUUAGCACAACCACUUCUAAAGUCCAAUCUGUGAUGAACUAUGUCAAUGAUUCAACUGAUUUCGCCAUUCCAUGGAUGGCAAAUAUCCAGUCCUUUUGGACAGCUAUUUCACCUUUUGUAUCAUUUGUUUUAGGAUGCAUUUCGUCAUUAUUUCAAUUUGUUAUCAACCAUUUCCAAAUUAGUCCUUUAGCAACCAUUUCUUGGUUUGUGGUAUGGAAUUUUACUUGUCGCUUAUUUAUUCGUACUACAUUCCCAUUUCCGUAUUUCAAACCUAGGAAACCAACUUCCAAACCUGCUGCUUCCGUUUACGUAUUGCCAUGCGUAACACCAGACGCCUGGACAAAAGAUUCUUCAGCAUUUCAUCCAACCCCGAGACCUAUCUCAAAGGUCCAUAUUCCUUUUCAUCAAAAUAUUUUUAAUGCUGUUCACACUUUUUAUCGUUCCUUUCAGGCUAUUCUGUCAUCAUGUAACUCACAUUACUAUGAUUUUAUCUAG